AUCCUAGCUUUAAUCAUAUCCUUAAACAUAAUUCUUUCAUUAAUCUUUAUCUUCUUAAAUCAUCCCCUCUCGGUUGGCUUAAUCUUACUAAUUCAAACAAUCUUAAUUAGAUUAAUUUCAGGAAACCUGAUUAGAUCAUUCUGAUUCUCAUACAUCCUAUUUCUAAUUAUAAUUGGAGGCAUACUUAUUCUAUUCAUGUACAUAACCAGAAUUGCCUCAAACGAAAAAUUCCAGCCUAAAACAAUUAUUAUUUCCCCUCUUAUACUUAUAAUUAUUUUCAUUCUUUUUCUUCAAAACAAAACAGAAAGAUUAAUUUACAAUAACGAAAUAAUCCCGUUUAAAGAAAACUCAAUUAUUCAGUUUUCAUUGAUUAAAUACGCCAACUUCCCUGUAAUAAUUAUUCUUAUUUCAAUAAUUCUUUAUCUCCUAAUCACUCUAAUUGCUACAGUCAAAAUUACUGAAUUCAAGCAAGGCCCUAUUCGUCAAAUAAACUAA